AUGAAUUUAUCAAGCUAUGAGCCUGAUGAAAUGCCUACUCUCAAGUUUAUAUGUAAAUCCACAGUAGCUAGUGAAGGAACCUCAAGCCCUCAGUCUCAAAUGCUUACUCCUAAUACAAGUGACAUAAUUACAAUAAGUGUAGCAGAUUUAUUAAUCUUUUGCCAACAAAUGACACACCAGAAUGCUUCAAAUAUCAACAAUGAUACCUCUGUAGAUGAUUUCAAAUCUCAGAUCUGUGAAUAUCAAAAGAAUAUUCAAAAAGCUAUAGAUACUAAGGCU